GCGAGUCUGGCAACACAUACAAAUCAGAUCUCACGGUCAUGCCCACUCCUACCCUCAUUUUGGUAUACUCCUUGGUUACCUUCUACUGGGUUGAAACGCAUGCAAGAGUCGCCGCUUGGAUGCUCUUCUUACAUCUAACAGUGCGUGGUCUCGGAAGGGCAACGGAAUCAUACGGGAUCUAUUAUUUUAAACUUUGCAAUGUGCAACUCGAAUUGAGACUCCGUCGGUCCUCUGUUAUCCUAUCGUUGAAUAACCAAAACGACAUCUCUCCGUCUCCGCGGGCUCUAGUCUUUUCUCCGCUCAACUGGCCCGAUCACUUAGCUUCUCCCCUCCGAAGUAGCGUUCGCAUUGAUUCGUCGUGACCUCACCAGCCCCAUGCAGUGAAUGAUCCAUCGACACGAGCCCGACAAGAAUUUCUUCUUUGAUAUCUGAAAAGGUAUAAAAGUCCAGCAAGAUUACUACAAUCCCCAGCAAUCCGCCCCAGUCUCCCCAGUUCCACCAACUGCCUCACUCACUCAACAUGUUCUUCACCGUCAAGUUCCAACUGCUCUUGCUGAGCGUUUCUGCGUGUUUCGUUGUCGCUGCUCCCGUCGACCAGCGUCAAGGACCCGUCGGUGCGCAAGCUGCACCCACCGGUCAGGUCUUCGCCAGGGAGGACGGCAGCCAUGUUCUCGGUCUUGCUCCAACCGGCGCCCUUGCUGCUCGCCACCCCCAGGCCUCCAUCAUUUUCGCUGAUGGCCAAUGGGAAAGUCCCAUUGCUCGGGCUGACCCGCCCUCGGUUACGACCAUCUUCGCUGCCAGUCAGUGGGAUGGCGCAGCCAAGGACCGGGAACAGAGUUUUCUAGAUUUCCGAAAGCACAUAGAUAUUAGACUCGAAUACAGUGGAUUGAAUCAGAGGGGCGCCGCCGAGGACCGCGCGAAGGACAGCCCGAAUGGUCCCGUCUUCUUCGCCAAUGCUCAAUGGGAGGAGGACGAACCUUGAGUGAUCGGGGAUCGGUUUUGGGUUCUCGGGAUCUGUAAAUUUAUGAUUCGCAUAUGCUCUUCUUUCUUUGGUUAUCCGUACCACGUUAUAGGGCUGUAUAAAUGCUCUUUCUAUAGGGUUAUUCCCGGUCGAUGUUCUGUAUCCGACGCGUUUUGUGGUUAUGAUGCAUCGAAAGGUUACCGGACGUGUGCACGCGGGCAAGCUGCUAAGUGGAGAGCGUCGGC